AUGCAACUCAUCUCUCUUUUUACCGUCCUGGGUACCGCAGCCGUGGCUCUCGGCCAGGUCACCGGCCCCAACACCACGACCGGAGCUCUUGGGGACGCAAAGGAGGUUAAGAACAACCCCGUGAUCGGAGAGACAUGGAUUGCCACCUUUGACUCGGAUGCCGUCAAAGGCACCGUCACGGCGGUCGCCCACACCGUGGGUAUCAACUAUACCAUCGACGUGACUGGCCUGGUGGUGGAUAAGGGGCCCUACAAGUACCAUGUCCACCUGCGUGCCGUCCCCGAGAGCGGCAACUGCACCGAGACGGGCGGCCAUCUCGACUCGUUCAACGACAAGUACACAGCCAUGAACAUCAUCCAACUAGGCUACAUCGGCAACCGGUCAAUUGUGUUCCACGACGGCAGUGGUGCGCGCAUUGCCUGUGCGUCGCUGAAGAAAGCCGAAACACCAGACGACACCUGCAAUUAA